AUGCCAAAGGCUAGCGAAGUGCUCUACUACCUGGUACAUGUCCAGCAAUUAAGGUCGAUCAUUCAAUGGAAAGUCUGGCACAACCCUGUGCAUGAGCGCGACGAGUCCAAAGAGUCGCCCGAGCUGAAGAAAUGCUUCGAGUUUCUUGACUUGACUAGCCGCAGUUUCGCGUCCGUCAUUAAGGAACUUCAUCCAGACCUCCUAAUACCGAUAUGCCUCUUCUACUUGGUCUUGCGAGGUCUCGAUACCAUUGAAGACGACACGUCUAUCGACGCAAAAACCAAGGAACCUCUACUACGCAAUUUCAAGGACAAGCUCGAGGUCGACGGCUGGAAUUUCAACGGCAAUAGGCCGGAAGAGAAAGAUCGAGAGUUGCUGGUCCAAUUUCAAUAUGUUAUUGCGGAGUACAAGAAGCAGAAGCAGGUCUACCAGGACGUCAUCAAGGAUAUUUGCGAUAAGAUGGGCAAUGGCAUGGCGGACUACUGCCUCGAUGCCGAAUUCAACAACGAGGGUGUCAAGACCGUCAAGGCUUACGAUCUCUACUGCCACUAUGUCGCGGGUCUAGUGGGUGAGGGACUGACGCGCAUGUUUGUUGAGAGUGGCUUCGGAAAUCCACGCCUCCUCGAGCGCCCUAACUUGCACGACUCCAUGGGCUUGUUCCUUCAGAAGACCAACAUUAUUCGUGACAUUCGGGAAGAUUUCGACGACAAACGGAGCUUCUGGCCCAAGGAGAUUUGGGGAAAGCAUGUUGACAAAUUCGAAGACCUCUUCAAACCCGAGCACAAAGCCGCUGCCUUAGCCUGCCAGUCCGAAAUGGUCUUGAACGCCCUCAAUCACGCCGAUGAGUGUCUUUUCUACCUGGCCGGCCUUCGGGAGCAGAGCGUGUUCAAUUUCUGCGCCAUUCCUCAAACCAUGGCCAUUGCGACGCUGGAGCUGUGCUUUCAGAACUACGCCAUGUUCGAACGCAACAUCAAAAUUACGAAAGGAGAAGCCUGUCAAAUUAUGAUUGAGUCAACACAGAACCUUGAGCUGGUUUGUGAACGGUUCCGAAAACACAUCCGCGCGAUUCGCAAGAAGAACAAUCCCAAAGACCCCAAUUUCCUCAAGAUCAGUAUUGCGUGCGGCAAGGUUGAGCAGUUCAUUGAGUCCAUCUUCCCCAAGCAGACGCCGGAAAGCUUAGCUGCUCAGAAAGAAGGUGCCGAUGCAAGACUGGCUCAAGCUGGAGGGCAGGAGUCGACAAGCAUGGGAACGUCGGAUGUUUUCAUGCUCUCACUGGCGGUGUUCGGUACACUUUUCAUCAUUUCUGCUAUCAUGGUUGGCGUUGCUUGGCUCUUUGGUGCUCGGUUCGACCUUGUCAUCGAUCAACUCAAAGAAGGUGGCUCGGAACUGUACAACAAGCUCAUCAACCCCAAUCCCGAUCCUCCUGUGGUCUCGGCAGCAAAAGCUAUCACGUCGUCCAUUGCAUCGGCUGCAUCUUCGAUAAAGAAGGAGCUAUAG